AUGGUUUGCGGCGUUUCCUCAGCACAGAUGGAGAAUCAGGAGAUUGCUCCAUGCCCUUGGAGUGCUUUCAGGUAUGAUCUGUUGUUUUGCUGGCUUACACCCACCAUGCGGCGGGCCAAGGGGAAAAAGGUGGACCUGGCCGAAAUCUGGAGCCCCAAGCGGCGGCUUGCGCCACCGGACUCGGUUCGCCGGGUGGCACGUGGAGAGUUCGUUGGGAUGCUUUACGCGGCCUUGGCCAUGUUGCUCUAUGCCACCUCGAUGACUUUGAUGCCCGUGGCCAUGAUGAUGGUCAUCAAGUGCGCAGAGGUCGAGGAGACGGAUGACUUCAAUUGGCUGGACGCCUCCUGGAGCCAUCCGGAGGCCAUGAUCUAUUGGAUCAUCAUCUAUGUGGUGCUGCAGUCCAUUUCAGCGGUGGCAAACCACUGGCAAUUCCAUUUGGCAUAUCACGCUGGUCAGCGGAUGCGGGCACAGGUGAUCUUGAUGGUCUUCCAGAAGGCUUUGAAGGUGGAUCCCCGGGUGAGGCCUUCCGUGGGUCACACCUUGAAUUUGAUGUCCACUGACGCGCAGAAAUUCUUAGAAGCGCUCCCGUUCCUCCACAAGCUUUGGGCCUCUCCGCUGCAAGUGGUGAUCGCAAGCAUUAUUUUGCUGGCCCUUGUGGACGUGAGCGCCCUUUGUGGCAUCGCGGUGCUCGUGCUGGUGGUGCCCAUGUCUCGUCAACUGGCCAAGCUGCUGAACCGGUUCCGGGCGCAGCACUUGGUCUUUCAAGAUCAGCGCGUGCGCAUGUGUGUGGAGAUGCUGGAAGGCAUCCGUUGCAUCAAGUACUUUGCCUGGGAGAAGCCCUACUUGCAGCGGGUCUUUGGCUUGCGCACACAUGAGAUUUAUUGGGCUUUGCGCGAGUCCUUGGUCUUUGGUUUCUCAAUGAUCUUUGCAGUCUUGAGCCCAACUUUGGCUUUCACUGCCACGCUCUUGGCCUUUGUCCUGCAGGGCUCUGCCACCCUGACGGCCACGCGGGUCUUUGGGACCUUGGCCUUGCUGAAUGCCUUGCGCUUUCCCAUCAUGGACCUCGGUAGCAUGCUGGCCACCAUCGUCUCGCUCUACACCUCCUGGCACCGUCUCCGAAAGUAUCUUCUCCUUCCAGAGGCGGGCGUUCCUGUGCAGGAACUCAAGGACGACUUGGUGCAGGUUCAGCUGGACCAUUGCAGCUUUAGCUGCACAGAAGGAGGGAAAGAGCUCUUCCGGCUCAAGUUGGACACUGAGCUGCAGGUGCGGUGCGGCGAGGUGGUGGUGAUCUUGGGCAAGGUGGGCAGCGGCAAGUCGACGUUGCUGCAGGGCCUCUUGGGGGAGGUGAACUGCCAGGGGACCUUCCUCGCCUGUCGCGGCAGGAUUGCCUAUUGA